AUGGAAAAUAACUCCAGGACGAUAUCCCAGUCUUCAAAGAAUUCACCAAAAAGACGAAUAGGUUCUUCCACUCGGGUGAAAAGUGUUCACAAUAAUUGCAUUCAAAGCAGCAGAAGCACAAAUAGGGACAAAUGUACCCAAACGAGAAGCAAUUCAAGAAAGGACAUGAAGACCAAAUCGGGGAGAAAUGGGAAGACGCAGUCAGAUUCCUCUCCCAGCAAGAUGCCAAGCUGCACUGUCGUAGAUGUGGACAAUGUGGUGAGCACUGAUGAGAGCGAGGAAGAGCAUGAUGGCCUGAUAGAAAUGGACAUAGCAGAGGAAGGUAUCGGGGACCGAGGUCUGGGAAUCUGUGAGUGUAUUCUCACAUUCAUUUGUUUGCUGCUGGUUCUUCUCUUGUUCCCAGUAUCUGUCUGGUUCUGCGUGAAGGUGGUACAUCAACAUGAACGUGCAGUGAUAUUCAGGUUGGGCCGUCUGCUGCCAGGAAGAGCCAAAGGGCCUGGGCUCUUCUUCUUCAUACCAUGUCUAGACAUUUACCACAAAGUGGAUAUGCGUGUCACUACCCUGGGGAUUCCCUUUCACGAGGUGAUAUCUAAGGACAUGAUGUUAGCUGAAGUGAAUGCAUGCUGCUACUAUCGGGUGGAGAAUGCCUCCCUCUCAUUAACAAGUGUUAUCAAUUUUCAUGACUCACUAUCAUUGCUUGUACAAACUUUUACUAAGCGAAGUUUGGCACAUCGGAAAUUCAAUGAAAUUCUCCUGGAAAGAAAAAACAUUGGUGAUGAAAUCAAGGUUGCACUUGAUGCAGUAACGUGGAAAUGGGGAAUCAAGGUGGAACAUGCUGAAAUCAAAGACAUCCGCCUACCAGCAGAGCUUCAGCAUUCAUUAGCAGUGGAAGCAGAGGCACAUCGGAAAGCAAAAGCCAAGGUGAUUGCAGCUGAAGCUGAGAAGGAUGCCUUAGAAGCCUUAAAAAAUGCAGCUGAUGUUCUCACUGGAUGCCCUGCUGCUGUCCAGCUACGGUAUCUGCAAACUCUUUCUGGUGAGAAAUCUUCCACAGUCAUCUUACCUCUGCCUUAUGAUGUUCUUAAUACUUUGUCAACCAUAAAUCAGAAAUCUUUAGAGACCACUGCUGCAACUGAACCAAUAAAACCAACACUGUCUCAAGAACAGAAGUUCAAGCCUGACUCCCCAAUGUUAUAAGAGAUGGAAAUGACAAUUCUA